AUGCCGACCAUAAUUGAGGAACACCUAGGGACUUUCACUAAGCCGAAACCGAAGCGACAAGAGCCUCGAAAGAGAUCGCCCAAGGCAUGUCUAUCCUGCCGAGCACGAAAGGUUCGCUGUGAUGUAGCAUUCGUGCGUGACUCUUGCACAAACUGCGUACUUGAUGGCAAACAAUGCGUGGUCAGUUGGGGCCGCCGUCAUCAACAAAAAAAGCACUCUGAGAAAUCUGAUGCAUUAGAGGAAGACGCAGAAACAGCUGGCCAACGUCUGAUAGCCCCCAAGGAACAUGGAGACACACCUGCAGUCUUGUCUGGCGAAGGCCUUGGGACGCCAAAACCGACAGAGGCAAGACCUCGUCGAACUUCACAUCAUGACCACACUCAAGCCCGACCCGAAAUAACAUUCGCAUAUUACCCCUUCCUCUGUAUUCACAAUCUGAGUUCUCUACAUACAGACGAUGUCAAGUAUCUGGAGUCUCAAGGAUGUUUCAAAGUACCUGAAAGCAUCUGCCUAGACUAUCUGAUCCGAACGUUCUUUCGUUAUGCUCAUCCAAUUUUCCCUGUUAUCAAUGAAGCAGAGUUUUGGUCAGUCUACGAUCCAUUAGCAUCUGAUGACAACGCUACUCGGCUGCCUGUUAUACUAAUUUCAGCCAUGAUGUUCGUGGCGUGCAAGUACGUGGAAGAGUCUACCCUUCAAGGCAUGCAGCUUGGUUCUGCACAUGACGGGCGGGAGAGGUUCCUUCGGAAGACCCAGCUUCUCUACGAUCAAAGAACCGAGUCUUCAGCACUCGUACUUGCUCAAGUUUCUCUUCUGGUUGCACACUGGACUUCACAGAGAAGCUCAGGAUCCGGCAGAGAGAGUACUCAAUGGCUUCGUCGGGCGAUUCAUCACUCCCAGGAUGCUAUGUCUCAGGCCAAGCUUUGGAGCUCGCUCGGAAUUCGCUACAACCAAAGCAACGUGAGACGAGUAUUGGGAUGUUGCAUACUCAGCGACUGUAUUCACAGCUUGUACACCCGACGGCCACCCAUGAUGCCUCUCGGUAUGGUCGAAGCAGAGAGGGAUUAUCACGUGCUUUCUCGAGCCGACUUAUCGCAUGAGAUUGGACGCUCUCGAGUCUAUGGUGUCGAGUACAAGCAGAAAUGGAUCGAAACUCAAGAACAAAUGUCCGCCCUUGUCAAUAUCUUGGGGAGAGUUCUGGCUCUUGUCUACCCACAAUCAGGUACGUCUACGAACAGAACAGUCUCGACACUCAAUGGAGACGCAAAUGAGUUCAUGGAUUGCAAGAACGACCUCAGAACAUGGUAUAAUGGGAGUUUCAUACUUGUGACCUCUGGACGGGAUUCUGCGUUGGGCUCGCCUGUCAGCCCCGAUGAUGGGAGAGAACAUGGGAGCUCACAGCAUGACCCUGUAGAGCUGCUAACAAACAUGAUGUACAUUCAUUAUGAGACUGCUAUGCUGGCGCUCUGUCAGAGCGACCUCCUGCGCUACGCAGCGAGUCUUCGCGCGAUGUCGUCCACCUCUAGGCUGCUCGAACACUCUUUUUUCCGUGAACAGAAGCACCAUUACCUGAAUUGCAUCAUCAAUAUGACGGAUCGACUGUCGGAUUGUUCGCUUCACCAGUAUCUAUCCCAGGUCCCCGAAACCAUGAUUUUCUGCACAGCGCUCCCACUUCUUUUGCAACUACUCGACUUGAAAGCCCAUCUACAAUCAUCGCUAUUAUCGAGCCAGGAAGUCUUGGGAGUACAGUCUUACCCAGUCUGGGUGCAAAGGGUCAUGGAGUGCUUGAAACUGCACUACAAGAAUGAUCUUGACUACAUACUACGAGCAUCCAAGGCUGUUAACGACAGCCUUGCUCAAAGUCUGCACGAGAGCCAAGAAGGACAACCCAUCUUUGAUCGGGAAGACGAUCGCUCUCAAGCACAGAUGAGUAGCUGGCGCGAUCUGUUGGACAGCAAGCCUAGACUUUUUGCUCGUCUCAUGGAAAGGCUUGACACUAUUAUCUCCUGGGGAGGGGAGUUGCCCGAAAGAGGCAUGGGAGCUUCAUUGGAUGACUGCCACUUGUGGACUGGCUCGGCUCAGACUCGAGGAAUCCAAGAUGUGGAUGUAUCAUGGGCAUUAGCCACUCCCGCGUUUUCAGCUACAUCUCGGAACACCGAGCAGAGGUCUCUGUCUACAUCACAUGAGGAUGUGACAACAGCGCAGCUGGACUCUGACACAACGUCAAGCUUCCUUAAUCCGAAAGGGUCACAUGAAAGCUUCAACAGUGUCGUACAAUCUUACCUUAACGAUACAUCUGAAGAGACAUGUUCACCAGUAUCCUUGAACCCUUCUCAAGGAUUUUGGACGGAAGGAAUCGCGGAUGAUGGAAGACAUGGGUCGGAAUAUGUUUCUCUCCGCGAACAGAUUAGACCCGCAGUGGUCGACUCCAAUGAUGCGGAUAGCAUGGUUUUGGGAGGUGGACCGAGCGAUGACUGGAUAGAUACAUUGUUGGAAAAAGAGAUCUUGGUACAAGACAACAACGCGGGUCGGAUUGUUGAAGAAAUGGAUAUAGAUACUAAAUAG